CUCGGGGUUGGACAAUGAGAAUUUUUGGGAAUAGCUUUAGAAGUAGAAACCGCACAGCCCCAACUAAUUCCAAAUCUUCUAUACACAAUUAAUCCAAUCCAAUAAUUCACUUCAACAAUUUCUGCUGUAGGUGUUGUGUAAUAUUCAAUCUCAUGAUUUAGGGUUCAUCUUUGAAGUUAAUUGAGUCUGAAAAUGGCGGCAAUUUAUAGCCUUUACAUCAUCAACAAAUCUGGAGGUCUCAUUUUCUACAAGGAUUAUGGAUCGGCUGGGAGAAUGGACACAAAUGAUACAUUGAGAUUAGCAAGUUUAUGGCAUUCUAUGCACGCCAUUUCUCAACAACUUUCUCCUAUUUCUGGAUGUUCUGGGAUCGAACUUCUUGAAGCCGAUAACUUUGAUCUUCAUUGCUUUCAGUCUCUCACUGGAACCAAGUUUUUUGUGGUCUGUGAGCCUGGAACACAACAUAUGGAGCAUCUUUUGAAAUAUAUUUAUGAGUUGUACACAGAUUAUGUAUUGAAAAAUCCUUUCUACGAAAUGGAGAUGCCUAUUCGUUGUGAGCUCUUCGACAUUAACCUUGCUCAAGCAGUGCAGAAGGAUCGUGUUGCUUUGUUGGGUCGAUGAUUCAUCAAACGCAAUGGUUGACCUUAGUUUCCUAAACUUUCAUUAUUUUUGUGACAGUUCAUUUGUUGCACCUUUUUUCUGAGUUGGUCUAUUGAAAACAAGAUGCUCUUUGUUGGGUGUUUAGUUAUCUGAAAUGUAACUGCUAAAUGCUGAAACAAUACAUAUGAAUUAUACAUUGUUUUAAAACUUCACAAUGACAUUAUAGUUUCUUCAUUUUAUUUUCAUAUUUUCUUAUUUUUUUAAUUUUUGAAGAGGUCAUCAAUGGUAAGCAACGCCAAAGCUGUAGAAGUUAAGUUUAGAGGAUAAUUUUUCCAAAUUGAACCCGAAAUAUUGUGUUCAAAUUUCAACAAUUUGUGUCCCUUAUAUUGUACACCUUGGAGAAAGGUGAACACAUUUUUAAUGUAAUUCUUUACUUAGGUUGUAAUUAUACUCUCUUUGUCUUGGGAAUUUUGCUACUUAUUUCUUUUAAGUUCAUCCUAUGAGUUUUGCUACAUAUUUUUUUUUUAUCAUAUCUUCACAUUUAACUUAUUUUUCAUCUCAUAAGAAAUAUUAGCAGUGAAGAGGUUUAAUGUAAUCACUGCUUAUAGGAAACACAAUGCCUUUGUAAAAAAAAAUUUAAGGACCAAACAUUCAAACGCAAUAUUCAAUCUCAAUUUAAUUCACAUUAAUUUGAGAAAAAACGCCCUGACAAACAAUAAUAAUGUAUUGCUAGUGUGAGUGAAAAAGAAUAUAAUAAGUUUAAAUAAAAUUAAUUGGAGAAAAUAUAUAGGUGGUUAUUAGGGUUUAAACAAUCAUCAAUCAGAUGAUAUAUACAUUACAAUAAAAGAUAAUGUAAACAAUAAUAGAAUCACAGAACUUCCCAAUCAAUCAUACAACACUCACUCUCUCUAUAUAUACAUAGUAACAUAUGUAUAGAACACAAAUAGAACAAUAUAAAC